AUGUCCGACCCAAGACUUAUUGAUAUGGAACCCGGCGGAGAGAGCACGCAAUACGAAUCCAUCCGUGAAUUUACAAUCACUCCUGCAAGACAGACUGGUCAGCUAGGCGCUGGAGAGCCCCAUACUAAAAGUGAGCUCUAUAAUGGCAUUGAACCCGUACAAGAAGGCACCGCCAGCCGAGACGAAUAUAUCUUGGCACAAAAGCUAGGAAUGGGUGUGGUUGAUGAAUCGGGCAAAGAUCGGGAUCUCGACACCAUGGGCGAUACAGCAGCUGCAAAGACAAGGAGACAGCAGGGGUAUGGGCCCGGGUCCGAUGUCGGGGCUUAG